AUGGGCGGGGCGGACGGGCUGAUCAGACUGCACGACUACAAGACCGGGAGGGUAGCGCGGGAGAUCGAGUGCCACGGGGAGGCGAUACUGCACUGCUGCUUCUCCAAGGACAACUCGAGGAUCCUCACGACCUCUGCUGACCUCACCGCCUGCGUGUGGAACACAGGGUCAGGAGCGCUGGACGUCAGGCUGGAAGGGCAUGAGGGGGAAGUGCUGGACGGAGUCUUCUACCAUCAGGAUCGAGUCAUCACGGCGUCGGGGGACAGCAGCAUGCGGAGGUGGAACAUCGUCACAGGGCAAGUCGAGCUCACCUUCCUAGGCCAUCAGUCUGCGGUGACGGCUUGCGUGCUGGUGGAGCAAAGGGACGAGGUGGUUUCAGGGUCUUACGAUAAGACUGUUCGGGUGUGGUCUGCCAAGUCUGGCGAACAGAGACAUCAACUCGAGGAGCAUCAAGGUAUCAUCUACGACCUUGCUUACUCUGCCAGUCAACAAUUGCUCGUCUCCUGCUCCAGUGACAACACCAUCAAACUUUGGGACAUGCAUCAGUACGUGGAGUCAGAGACGAUCGCGUUCCAUGACUCUGCGAUCGUUUGCUGUGAGUUUGAUGCUCAAGGAGAAACUCUGGCGAUGGGAUCUGUCGACGGCACCCUG